AACAAGUGACAGACCAGACCAGACAAAGCAACGAAACUCGUUCAUUUUUUACUGUCAGCACGAAAUUAAUUAUCGUUAUGUGAAUAUUCGAGAUUUAUUUUCAAACAAUGUGUACAAGUUGAUCGCAAUUUUCGCUCUUUGCUUGAGCAUGCAUUUUAAACCUUAUUUGAUGAUAGUAACCUGUUGAGCUUGAUGCAAACCUGACGGACCUGACCUUUGCAUUUGCACGUUUCUGACUCUUUCUUUCCCACAUAUUUUAAUACAUUUCUUCAAAGUUAAACAUCCAGUGUUAGUUUUCAGAGAGAGAAAAAUCUGAUCUGAAGGAUGAGCCAUGGAAACAAUCAGAGAGAAUCAAUUAAUUGGUAUUUUGGAAAUAUUUCCCGCAUUGCCGCUGAAAACGAAUUAAAGAAUGUUGAGAUCCCAGAAAAUGGACUUUUUCUUGUCAGAGAAAGUAGUUCUUCUGCAGGCGACUAUGUCCUAUCUUUUCUCCACAACAAAGAGGUUUUCCAUUAUCAAAUAAGACGCCAUGGAGAGGAUGCCUUCUUCUCCAUCGAUGAAGAAACAAUAAUUCAUGGCCUUGAUACUCUGAUAGAGUAUUACCAGGUUGAAGGCUUGGAUGUACGGCUUACCAGACCACCACGACUUCAAGAUCCGCCUCCCCACACCUCACGGCGUCAUGGUACCACUAAUCUAUUGCAUCGUGCCACAAGAGAGGGAAAUUACAAAAUAGUGUCAGAGUUAUUAAAGUGCCAAUAUCGAAGUUUGGAUGCUAAAAAUGAAGAUGGACAGACUGCGGUACAUGUAGCCAGUCGUCUUGGUCAAGAUGACAUUUUAAAAAAACUCAUUGAGAGCAAUGCAAAUAUCAAUUGUCGUGAUACUGCAGGAUAUACCCCCUUACAUUAUGCGUGCAGAAACAAUAAGGCUAGCACAGCUAGAAUUUUGGUUGACAUGGGAGGAGCCAACAUUCAAAUCAGGCACACUGAAACAGGCCAUGUUCCAUUACAUGAAGCUGCUAGUAAUGGUCAUGUUGAUGUUGUAACAGUGCUCCUGUCACUUAAUGCUCCUGUAAAUCCAAGAACUGUGAAUAAUGAAACACCUGCUGAUUUGGCUCAUUUCAAUAGAUUUACCGAAUGUGCCAAAAUGCUCCGCGACUACAAACCUCCGGCCCCGCGAUCGAAACGUGAGGCUUGGCAUCAUGGGACCCUUGAUAGAGUUGAGGCCGAGGAUAUUCUGAAAACUUGUAAAGAACAGGAAGGAGUUUAUUUGGUUCGAUAUAGCAAACGUCAUAGUGGAGAUGUCCUAACUAUAAGUCAUAGAGGGCAAUUUUUCCAUUAUCAGAUUAAAAAAGACAAUAGCUACUAUUUUAUUGACUCAGGUCCAUUACACAACACUAUUGAGCAUGUUAUUGAUUAUUAUACUCUUCUCUCCGAUGGACUACCAACUACUCUACAAUUUCCAGUUCCUCCUAAACCAAAGCCAAAACCACCAGAAAUACCUCCUAAUGGGCUUGCAUCAACUCUUCCCUCAAGAAGGAACCGCCAUCGGCUUGAAGAAAUGAUUGGAAAUUCAACUGUGGGAAGAAUGGGCCAUAGCCUGGGUCAUGGUCUUCCAACUUUGUAUGGGAAUGAUCCUCCAGAACUUGGCAUCCCAACUGUUGCGACUGUUCCUCCACUAGCCAUCAUGCAUUCGGCACCUCUUUCAGCUCUGCUUUCUAAUACCAACUCCUUGGCCUUGACCUCUCAAUCAAGCCCACCUACCACCCUGGCUUCCUCCUCACUAUUCACCAAUAACUCAAUCAAUAGCCACACUCCAAGUGUUCCUAUUCCUAGACUACAUGAGCCUCAACAAGAACACAUUCCUACUGAGCAGCUGAGAAUUGGUGAUGUACUUGGUGAAGGGGAAUUUGGAUCUGUUUACAAGGGUGUGUACAUAGACUUUAAAGGAAUUGAGAUACCAGUUGCAAUAAAAACGCUUAGACAAGAACAUGCUCACAGAAAUAAAGAGGAAUUUGUCAGAGAGGCUAGAGUUAUGAUGGGACUUCGCCAUCCUUGUGUUGUUAAGUUAAUUGGAAUAUCUUAUGGCCCUCCUUUAAGUAUGGUCCAAGAGCUAGUUCCUUUAGGCUCCAUGCUCCAGUAUCUAUUAGAGCACCCAGAUAGAGUUAAUCCUCAGUAUGAGUUAAGAGUUUGGGCAUCACAGAUUGCCUCAGGUAUGAAGUAUCUUGAAGAAAAAAGAUUUGUUCAUAGAGAUCUAGCUGCUCGUAACAUUCUCUUGGCCACAAGACACCAAGCAAAGAUAAGUGAUUUUGGUCUUUCUCGAUCUUUCUUGGAAAAGGACUAUUAUAAGGCUUCACAAGGGGGGCGGUGGCCUAUAAAAUGGUAUGCGCCUGAAUCCUUUAACUUUGGAAACUUUUCGAAUGCUAGUGAUGUGUGGAGCUUCGGCGUCACUUUGUGGGAAAUGUUUUCUUUUGGACAACAGCCAUAUGGUGACAUGAAAGGAAUUGAUGUUACGGAGUUAGUCAUGCGGGGAGAACGCCUGCAGCAGCCCGAUCGCUGCCCUGACGAUGUAUACAGGAUCAUGGAACAAUGUUGGGCAUUUCAUGCUCGUGAUCGGCCCUCUUUCGCUCAACUCGCUGAAAAUUUUGCUGCUGAUGCUAACUAUAUAAAUAUCAAAGAGUUGGUUUUAGAUUCAACAGUUAGUCUAAGUUGAGUGGGAUUGAACAAAAGUCAAUUGCAAUCAAUACCUAUUAUUACAAUUUUGAGCUUAGUUUAUAAGUAACCCAAUUUCAUUAAAGUUCCAGCAUUCAAUUCUCAUCCAAUUUCCAGUCUAUACAAAAGUCAAAGACAGGGCAAAGCAGAAGUUUUUGUUAAAUAAAAUAUCAGGUGACACCAACAAUUUUAAAUGAGUAUUGUUGUUAUAAUUUCUGUGACUGACUGCUCAAAUGUUUGUUUAAUUCAUCACAGCAUUCAUCAUUUUUAAAUUGGCUACUUCCAGAAAAUUGGCUUUGCCCUAGCAGUAAAAUUAAGUGUUAUGAUACUUUUGAUAGGCUUCCUGUAGAGAAAAUUAGCCAAGGCUUAGACUAAGUCAUUUAUUUUUAUUACAUAGUAUUACAUCUUUGUAACAUCUGUGUCUUUUUAUGAUCAGCAACAUUUUAAUGCACCUAUUCACAGUGCCUGCCAUUCCACUCAGAGUUGUAUCUUCCAAAAUUGGUCGUUUUGUGGCAGAAAAGAUGAGAUGAGACAAAUAUCUAAUUUAACAAGGUUUUAGUUGUACUUCCAGGCAGUGUUUUUGUUUUUAAAAAGGAAAUAUGAACUUAUGUAUGUUCUUUUGUACCUGACAAUGUACUAUGUCAAAAUGGCUGUUCAUGGCCUUAAGCUCAAAUGAAAUCAUAAAACAAUUCAACUAUGCAAGUUGAUCUUGUCUCACAAAUUUUAUGUAUUUUUAAUUUUGUUUUAAGUGUUAGUUUGAUUCAAAGUAUUCUUCCUACCUAACUUUGUUAUUACAAUUGUUGUGAUUUCUUAUAGUAUAUUUUGAAUGGUUUAUUUACCAUAGGAAUAACUUUAGUUUAUUCUCACAAUUCAUAUUCUGGUGGUGAAAUAUGAUUCAUUCAGUAACUAGUUAUUUACAUUCUGCCUUUCCUGUUAUUUUUAUUGACUUCAUAUGGAAAUGUUAUUUUACCUUAUCGAUGUGAGCUGUAUAAUAGUUUAAAUGGAACAUGUUAAGGAGAUUGUUAGUUUCAUUGUGUAGUGUGGGACAGUUACCUGCCAACAGAGUGAGUGUUUUGGUAUUCCCAGUUUUUAUCAGUGACAAUCUUCAUUUGUACCCCGUAUAUUAUUUGUUAAGAUGUCAUUUAUCUCCCUCAUUUUUCAUAAACUUAUGCUUUACAAUUUUAUAAGGAUCAGUGUAAUAUUAUAAGUUGGUCUAAGCUGUGAUGAUUUAAAAAAAAUUGUGUCAUAGUAGCUAGGGGACUACUUCACUGUCCUUGCAGGUCUGUUCUGUCCUCAUCUAAGUCAUGCUGAGUAGUACGUUCGUGUCGCGCAAUAUCUAAAAGGGCAAUAAAUUAUGAGACCAAUA